AAUACUACUUACCAUCUCCACGCAUCUUGACUUCAUUUCCAACCCCCUCGUGACCGACUCUUUCCGCCGGCUUGUGAAUAACCCUGGUCUUUUGCUUCACUAUCAUCAGCGGUACCUUACCACGUUCCCAUACUAUAACAAAAGAACAAUAUUUUACCGCCGGCCGAAACCGCAAUAAACCGUCCCAACUGCGGUUUAGAGAUUAUAUGAUGACGAUUUCUUCCAGGCGAAUCUCGACCUUCACCACAGCCCUCAAGUCCAUUGUUACCCGUUUGCCUCCGAACUCAACGCAUAUAAGACCCAUCUCCACACGUCUUUCUGCCCCUUUUCUUCACCAUCCAUCUAUAUCCGCAACCACAUCACGUAUUAUCCAUACAACCCGAGCAAACAUGUCUACUCUCUCUAACUUCACCAUCCCCAAAACCCAGAUUGCCGCUGUUGUCAAAACUACCGGCGCUGAGCUCGCGAUUGACAAGGAGCACCCUGUCAAGCAGGCCUCGGAGCUCAGGCCUGGCGAAUGUUUGGUCAAAAUCUCCCACACUGGUGUCUGCCAUACCGACUUGCACGCCAAGUCUGGCGACUGGCCUAUUCCCCCAUCCCAUCCUCUUAUCGGGGGUCAUGAAGGUGUCGGUACUAUCGUCGCUAUUGGUGACCAUACUGCUGCUUCUCCCGUCAAGCUCGGUGAUCGAGUCGGUAUCAAGUGGCUCGCCGACAGCUGUCUCAGCUGUGAGCUUUGUCGACGCGGCUAUGAGAUGAACUGUCCCAACGUCAAGCUCUCUGGCUAUACCACCGACGGUACUUUCUCCGAAUACGUCGUCUCCUUCGUCAACCAUGUUACUCCUAUUCCCGAAUCCCUCGACUCUGCCGGGGCCGCCUCCAUUCUCUGUGCUGGUGUCACCACCUACAAGGCUCUCAAGGUCUCCAACACCAAGGUCGGUGACUGGGUCGCUCUUCCCGGCGCUGGCGGUGGUCUCGGUCAUCUUGCCGUCCAAUAUGCAAAGGCCAUGGGUCUCAAGGUCGUCGCUAUCGAUACUGGCGCUGCCAAGGAGAAGCUCGUCAAGUCUCUCGGUGCUGACGCUUGGGUCGACUUUAAAACUUCCAAGGAUAUUGUGGCCGACAUCAAGGCCGCUACUGGCGGUGACGGUCCUGCCGCCGCUGUGGUCACCGCUGCCAACAAGACGGGUUACUCUCAGGCAAUCGAGUACUUGAAGCCUAGCGGUACCCUUGUGGCUGUCGGUAUGCCUGACGCUGAGAUGGGCGCAAACGUUUUCUGGACAGUGUUCAAGAGCAUUAGGAUCCAGGGUAGCUACGUCGGUAACAGACAGGACGCGAUUGAGGCACUUGAUAUCGCUGCGUCUGGCCACGUCAGGGUCGUCUUUGAAGAGAAAGGUCUUGAAUCGUUGAAGGAGUAAGUUGUUGCUUUUACUUUCACCUUACGAAAUCAACUGACACGGUGGUAUUUGCAGCGUUUACGAGGACCUUGAGGCUGGUAAGAUUGCUGGCCGAGUUGUUCUCAAGGUUUCCGACGAGUAAAGGCCUUGCCUUGUCUUGUCAUAGGAGUCUCGUACGUUUCUUUUUUGGGGUUGAGGGGUUGUUUUUAGGGGGGGGGGGAUCCGUUUUGUCAUUUUAAAAGUACAACUAUAACAGUGGGUGAGUGAGUGAGUGUGUGUGUGUGUGUGUGUGUACAAAAGAGAAAGAGAAGAAGCGAUUAGAAUGCAAUGAGUUUCCCGUUUCCU